UUUGCCAAAGUCGAUGGGCAUAACAAUAACAGUUGCUAACAUUCUUGAGUUAAACCUACCUGAUUCCAAGCAAAGACUAAUCAUUUCUGGUUUACUAUCUGGAAUUGAACCCGAUACAAGUAUGGCAUUUUAGCGAGAAGCGAAAGACUUGAAAAACUCCCUUAAUUUUAAACCCCUUUAAUUUCCAGCUUUAUUUAAUUAAAAUGAUAUCCAUCAUUGUCUAUAACAACCGCCACCAUUUUACGUCCUUUUACUGCCUAUUUAAUUAUUUAAUUCAAAUUAUUCCAUUUCUACUGAUUAUUAAUUUAAUUCCAAAUGGUUCUUUGGCCUUAACAUGCUUUGAUUGUGUAGGCAGGGAUUGUAUGGGAUCUAAAUGUAAAGGAGACUAUUGUAUGAUUGUGAGUGAGUGUUUGGGAAAUAUAAAAUUGUUGAACUAA